AUGGUUCAGAUCAAUGUCCGCGACAGGAAGGGUAACACACCACUGCACUUGGCGCUGGAAAACGGCAACUUGUGGGUGACUUUAAUACUGCUAAAAAAAGGCGCCGAUGUGAAUUCGGCCAACGAAGAAGGAUCGACACCUCUGCACUUAAUUUGCCAGAGAGUCGAAAAAGAUAAGUUGAUAGAGUCGUUUUUCAAGGUCACCGACGAAAAUCGUCAAACGGUUCAGGUCAAUGUCCGCGACAGGAAGGGUAACACACCACUGCACUUGACUCUGAAAAACACUCUGAAAAACACCAACAUGCGGGCGUCUGAAAUAUUGCUGGAAAGAGGCGCCGAUUUGAAUUCGGUCAACGAGGAAGGAUCGACACCUCUGCACAUUAUGUGCCGGGAUAAUCGCUUGGACUUGCUGAAGUUAUUCUUCAAGAUCGUCGAUAAGCACAGAAAGGCAGUUCAGGUCAAUGUCCGCGACAGGAAGGGUAACACACCACUGCACUUGACUCUGAAAAACAGUAACAUAUGGGCGUCUGAAAUAUUGCUGGAAAGAGGCGCCGAUUUGAAUUCGGUCAACGAGGAAGGAUCGACACCACUGCAUAUUAUUUGCCGGCAACCCCAAGAUGACCUUUUAGUUGAAAAAUUCCUCGCUAUCAACGCCAGAUUAGGUAAGCCGGUGCAGAUCAACGCCGUGGACUGUGUGGGUCAGACACCGCUGCAAUGGGCCGUAGCGAAUCUCAUGCUGUGUACAAUCGAUACACUCUUGGAUCAUGGGGCCGAUCUGUCUAAAUUGGGACUGGCGUCUAGAGCUCUUCUCGUCGUUGAAAGUCUUGAGAAAAGAGGAUACGAGCUGAAUUCAAGUGAAGUCUUGACGAUCAUGAAAUUUUUCGCCAAGGAGGGAUUAUUCGUCAAGUCAGUGAAUCCUAACGUAAAUUUGUCCGUAAAAAAUUACUUCGUGCAACACAUGAAAAAGACGAUGAUAAAAGAGCAGAUGUCGGUCUACGAUUUAAUUCAGUUGAGACCAGAAGAGGCGGCGAAACAGCUCACAUACGCGGACUAUUACAAGUUCGUGCAAACGCUGUAUUCGUUCUGGGAGUUGAUACACAAACGAUUACCACUUGAGAUCUGUGAAAUGUUCCUUGAGGAUCUGACGAACGAAAGUUUUUAUCAUAUUUGCUUGGCAGCUUCAAUACUUCGAGAAGAACAUGUAUGA